CGCUUCUUCUAUCCCUUUAUCUAUCUUUACAGCUUUCUCUGAUUCUCGUUCUUCCCCCUCUUCUCCUUCUUUAUUUGAAUUCUUCAGACGAAAGCACAAACCCUUCGUCACAAACAGAAAGUAAUAAAAGCUUUCAUCGCUUUUGGCUUUUAAGAUUCUCUCUUGUUCCCUUUCUUCUGCGUGUUUUCUUCCUUUCCCCGCCAUCCACGCAGGCAGAAGAAGAUGGCGUCGUCGUCUCUCGGCAUUGCUUGCGGCGGAAACAGCCGCCUUACCGCUGCUAACUUCGGAAUCCAGGAUCGGUGUUGUUUUGCCUCGCCGUGUUCCGUCGUGAUCGGAGACCUGGCGCGCUCCACGGCGUGGAAGGGGAGGAUCUCGAUGGCUUCGGCGGCGCCAGCGGCGGCUAGGGGAGCGGUGGUGGAGAAUCGGAUGAGCAUUGAGCCGUUCGGGAAGAGAGAGGAUUCUAAUAAUGGAGGAGGCCGUGACAGCGCUGCCGUCUUGGAGGCGCAGGAGAGGCUGGACACGUGGAUGAGGGAAUCAGUGGUGGAAAUCGUGAAGAAUCUGAAGGAGGCGCCGCUUCUGGUGCAGAUUUUUUCUAAGAGAAAGGGAGAAGAAACCACCACAUCGACGACGACGGAGAAGCAGGUGGUUGUUGACGAUUGGCCAGCGGUGAAGCAACGGUGGGAGUCAGGGGAGACGCCGGUGCCAGAAGGAGUCAUCUUCGUGGAGGAGAUCGGAGGGGAGGACGAGGCGGAGGACGGCGGUUCCGAUACAGAAAGAACAACAAGAGCGUGGGGAAUCGUAGUUCAGGGGAAAGGUGUAGGGUGCGGGCCGGUUUGCUACCUCUUGAAAACGAGCCGGGUCGGAUCUGGUCCUGGAUCGGGCAUGGGCUUGUGUUCGACCCAUUUUUGUUUGGUUCGGGUGAAGAGCUUCAGAGAAAGCGUGGAGUCUCAGCUGAAGAAUUGUUGGUUGCUACAGAGUCAGUGGCAGUAGCGGGAAGUAUUGGAAGUUGCAUAAUCUCUAUUCACUCAAUGAUUUUGUGAAACCAUGGCUUGGUGGUUAUAGUAAUUAGUAGGGCGCUGUGGUUCAAUUUGUACAGAUUAAAAAUGCUAUCUUAGGUUAAGCGGAUCAUGUCAUGGACUACUUCUUUAAUUUAUUGAAAAUUGAUAAUUGGAUUACUUAAUUUCAUGCUAAUCAAAAUUCCCAUUAUUCUUA